CUCAGCGCCACCUUUUCACCCGAAGAAGCAGCAGAAGUUGGAGCCGAGAUGGUGCUGUUGGUGAAAUAAAGCGGGUUCGUGGUUUCGUGUCGGUUUGGGCAGAUGGGUUCUUCUGGGAACCGUCUCUAAGGUUCCUCAGCGCUGUUCUGAGCCGCGGUCGGAGCCGCUCUCCGUGUUUUCCGGGCGAAGCCGCUUUAGGGGUCCCUGCGCUUAGCCGAGCGGCUAAUCUGAGCUCGGCGCUCAGAAAAGUUCCCAAAACAAACAAACUGACCGACUAACAGACCCCUGACCGGCCAUGACCGCGUCCGGAGGGGUCCCCUGUCUGCCCACCAAGGGGCUGGACAUCAGCCUGGCCGCCCUGCAGAGACACGACCCUUAUAUCAACAACAUUAUGGACGUAGCGAGUCAAGUCGCGCUGUACACCUUCAACAACGACACCAGCGAGUGGGAAAAGACGGACGUUGAGGGCACCUUGUUCGUGUAUACGAGACUCGCUUCUCCCAAACACGGCUUCACCAUCAUGAACCGACUCAGUAUGGACAACCUGACAGAACCCAUCACCAAGGACCUGGACUUCCAGCUCCAGGACCCCUUUCUGCUCUACAGGAACGCUCGCUUGUCCAUCUACGGGAUCUGGUUCUACGAUAAGGCGGACUGUCAGCGCAUCGCAGAGCUGACCAAAAAUCUGACGAGGCAGGAGCAGCAGCUGCACACGCAGACGCAGACUCACAGCGGCUGGGUGUCUCCACAAAGGCUGGAGUCCAGAGAGGGGAAAGGAGUGGACAUUCUGCAGAUGCUCACCAAGGCACGCGACGAGUACGACAAGGGUAAGCUUAGCUCUGAGCCUAAGGAAAUCGGCAGUGGAGGGGCGAUCUACGACAACCCCAACCUGAUCAAGCCCAUUCCACUCAAACCAAAAGAGAGACAGCAGCCAGCGGUACAGGAGUUCGGGAGGCCGAGUCAGAGCCAAAGCCAGCAGGAUGGAGAGACGGAGUCCAGGCAUCUCUCGAUCGCAGCUCUGUUCAGCACUCAGGCCAGAGCCAGCUCUGUCUCCCCACAGCCCAGAUCAGGUGCAUGCAAAGCGGUUUCAGGGCGGCCAGCUGUGGUACGCUCCCUGUCCUACAACGACCCGUCUCCGACAGCAGGGGGCGCUGUGGUGUCCAUCAGCCCUAACCUGCACUGCCCUGCCAUCCAGAAGCUGAUGAGCGGCCCUCGAGGGCCGGUGGUACCGCUGCAGCCCGUCUCAGAGUCUCCCGAAAACAGACUGUGCGAAAACGGGCCCGCACAGAGCCGACCCGAUCCCAUACAGAGACUCCUCCACACCCCUCCUCAGUCCUCCCACACAGCCGCCUACACCUCCAUCCCUCCCCCUCUCAUCCCUCAGCUGGUGGGCGCAGAGCCAGCGGUGUUCAGCGAGAGCCAGCCGAAGGCUCCGGCCUCAGCCCAGGGCCAGCUCCUCUUCUACAGCCCUUCAAAAGUGAUGGUGCCCCCUGCUGCUCCACCAGCCACUGGCUCUAGCACCAGCGUGGGGCUGGGCGUGGUCUCCCCCCAUGAGCUGCUCCAGAAGCUACAGCUAGUGCAGCAGGAGCAGAGUGGUGGGCAGGAGCACUCCCGGCCAAGCCUGGCACCCAGCUUCCACAAAGCCCCUCUACAGCACAACCUGCCCACCAGCCAGAACACCUUAGAACCUGCAAAGGUAAACUCGCCGCAGCGAAUCCCAGCCACGGUAGCCCCCACCCUGCUGCUGUCGCCCAGCAUGUUCUCUCAGGCUAAGGCGCCCCGGGCGGAGCCAGAGGAGCCACGAGUUCUCAGCCGCUCUGAGCUGCAGGCAACACUGCUGCACCUCAUCAGGAACGACGCAUCUUUCCUCGACACAAUCUAUCAAGCCUACGUCUCCUCCCGGGCCAAGGACUCGAGCUCUCCACCCUUCUGAAGAGCAGCACUUCCUCCACACGACGGCUCUCAGCCAGCAAACUACGCUUGCUUGUGUGAGCACUGGAACCAGAGGUUUCCGUUCAGCUCCAGAACUCCAAAUUCACAUGUAGCAUCGCUUUUUCUCUAUGCAGUCACGCCAUCAUGUCCCGCACCGAGGGUUCAUGCACCACCUCAGGGGUUCCUUAAAAAAUGUUUACUUUAGAGACGUGACGUCGUUUGUAGCCAUAAAAGAAAUGCGUUCUUUUGGUUUGGUUUUUUUUGGGGGGGGUCGGUGAAAUGCCAGGCAUAAUAAGCUUGCCUGAUAAUUGUGAUGGAUUUUUCCCCAAAAGAGAUUUUAGAACAGAUUUUACUAUUUUGGGUUUUAUUGUGACGUCUUAACCUGCAGCUGGGGCUGUUUCAUAAAGUAUCCAACACAAUUUUUCAUCGAUUUAUUAAACUGGAAAUCUGUUUUAACCUUUGAACUCAGUUCAUCAGGACAUUUUGGUCACUUACGAACAGAUCAGACCUUUUUUGGCAAUAAAGGCUGGCGUAGCAUUUAAUGAGCCACAGAUCCACGUGCUGCUGUCCUGCUGCUUACACAAGCAAAGCUAGUUUGAUAGAUUUGGUAAAAUGAUCUCAGACGUAUUUAAAGCAUAUUUUUUCUAUUUUUCUAUGCAGAGCGCUCCCGGUUUUCAUAUUGCGAUUGGCUUCACUUUGAUACGUCGUGUUACGUUAGUUGGUGUUGUUUAAAACAUGUUUUACUACCAACAUGGUUUAUGUUUUAAACAAAUGCUUCCACAGAUUAUUAAAUAUCAUCCAAACACCCAUAA